AACGAAGCUUCUGGAGCCCCCCAGUUAGUGUCCGCUCUGCUUUCAGGGCCUCUUUCGGCGCCCAGGGAACAAGUAGCGAGGGGGAGCAGGGGGCCUCUCCCGCUAGGCCUCGAGCUGGGCGCGGAGACGUGUGGCCGUCGAGGGCCGGGAAGGAUCGGUGAGGCUCACAGGCCGCGGAGGAGAGAAACCAGUGGCAACCAAUGGGGAAGCAGCGCGUGCCGUCCGAGAAAGCGCGCCCAGCCAAUCAGAGGGAGUCCCUUCGCCUGGUGGCUCCAGUAUGGAACGGGGGUACCAGCGGCAUCCGCGGCCUGAGCAGGGCAGUGGACCCGGAGGGCAGUCAGAGGAAGGGGAGGGCGCUGCUCCAGUUCCUGGCUGACCGCUUCUAUGAUGUGGAGGCUGUGAGGGGGUACCUGCUCCAGAAGCAGGUGUUGAAGGUGCUCCAGAAAAAUCGGUCCUUCACCUACAUCAAGGAGCGAUAUGGCCCCUACGUCGCAGGUGCCUCUUUCAUCCUGAAGCAGGGAGGCGCAGUCAAGUUUCAGGACAAGGAGUGGAUGCGGCCAAAUGGGCGUGGCCUCUCUGGUGAGCUCUGGAAGCUCCGGGAGGUGCCUGUAGAGGCUGUUGACGCCAGCGGCUGUGCCAUCAACUACCAAGGCCUGGACAACCUCUUGGCCCUGAGGGAGCUCCAGUCCCUGUCGCUGCGGUGCUGUCCCCACGUGGAUGACUGGUGUCUCGGCCGCCUCCACCAGCUAGCCGACUCGCUACGAGAGCUCUCGCUGGCCGGCUGCCCCCGAAUCUCUGAACGGGGCCUCGCCUGCCUCCACCACCUCCAGAACCUCCGCAGACUGGAUAUCUCUGACCUUCCUGCCGUGUCCAACCCAGGCCUCACUCAGAUCUUGGUGGAGGAGAUGCUGCCCGACUGUGAGGUUCUGGGGGCUGACUGGGCCCAGGGCCUCAAGCUGGGGCAAGAGGAGCAGCCCCGGGACACGGCCAGCAGCCCCAUCCCUGCCUAGCCUUUGGCCCCAUCCAUGUCGAGCUGGGCCUCAUCCAGGCUGUGCUGAGAGGUUAACAGCUCAUUUUUCUUCUAGCUUUCAGCUGGGUUCACUCAACUCGGGGGGUCGGGCUAGGAUCAGAGGCGCUGGCAGGUCAGAGGCAAGGAGAGUGAGGUGGUUUGUCCCCUCCCGCAGGGGUGCUCUGGCUGGCUGCACCCUGGGUUGAAGCUCAGCUCCUGUCAGCCUGUCAGGCAGCCCUUUGCACACACUUCUCUCCUUCCCAGUUCCGGGAACCCCUUCUCCUGCCUCUUCAGGCCUGGGGGAGGUAAGGGCUUCUGGCUGCAAGUAGCCCCAGGGAGCUGCACUCUCCCUUGCGGUGCCCCCAUAGCGUGCCCACCUCUAUGUCAAGAAACUUCUCUUGACUUUUGUCAGAGGACUCUUGUCGGAUUAUCUCACUUGAGUGUGUUGUUUCCCGCCAGGACCUGACUGAUACAGAAGGUGCAACGGCCAUUUUAUAGGGAUGGUUCUUCCCUGUGUGGGACGACUCAAGCUCACUGCAGGCUGCAACAUCCCUGGCUCACACCCACUAAAUGCUUGGAGCACCCCAGGCCCCACAGUGUUCUCGCUUAUUGAGUUACUGACUCAGCUCCAAAUUCAGCUUUCUUGUUUGCUCUGUGAAAACUGAUCUGGGCCUUUGAAAUAUUUUUCCUUUGCUAAGUGGCCUGAUAAGGUUUGCCAGUAGAGGGCGCUCGAGAGACGUUCCUUGAGAGACGCAAGGCCUUUGCUUCCUGGCGGUGCUCAGGUGUGCCAGCUCAGCGGCCCUCAGCGCACCUGCUUCCUGAAGCGUCAGGUGGUCGGCAGCUUCCCCGGCACCCCCCACCCCUGACCUGGCAGUCCUACAGAGAGCCUCCACUGAGGCACCUCCCUGUGACUGCCUCUCCACCACACCCCUGAAGGUGCAUUCCCAGUAAAUUCCAAGGCACCUUACCAAUGAAUCUCCUUAUUUCACUUUGCUGUUAAAGUCAUUAAUUCUCUAUAUUAAACUUUCCCUGUUCAAA